CCCUAGUACACCAGAACCAUCAGAUUGAAAUCGGAAACUGAAUCAGAACCAUACUCAGAGGAAGCUAAGAAGGGAUGCAAUUAUGUCUCCAAAAGCUGCCCAAUAUUAUAUACAGUCUCUGAAGGAUCUCUCCAUUGGGGAUCCGAUUUAUCAUCCCGAUAGCGAAGGGCUCAAGGUUGGCCAUUGCGGCUACUUUGAUGAGAAUGGGAGAUGGAAAGACAUACUUGAUCUCAUGAACAUCGAGUCUCAGCACAGCAACUACAAACCGCUAUCGUCACCGCUGCCCGUAGCAAGCUCCAGCAAACCUCAGCGAUGGGGACCAAUAUUCGGGAACACAGUCACAUCUUGUGGCUUGGAGCAAACCACAAGCAUUGUCAUUCCGGGAGCACCAGCUUCGGCAGGCGUGAAUCUUGCAUUCGAGAAGUCAAGCAACUAUGGUGCUGUUCUUAUGGCUGACCCUGUCACGUUCGAGUCCUUCCCACAUAAAGAGCAGUUCCAUCAGUGGUGCAAAGCCAAUGCGCCAAUUCUACUCGCAGACAAGAUAUUUGGCCCAGUGCUGAAACGACGACCCUUAUUCAUUGUCACGGAGCUCUAUUCCACUCCGCGGUGCUCGAUCACUUAUUGGGAAGGCGCAACAAAGCAAGUUAGCAUCGGCGUUUCGGCAGAUGCUUGGAGUGCUGGUAAGUUGACCGGCAGCGGCUUUUGGGGGAAGUCGACAAACGUAGGGACUUGGCGAGGUUUCGGGUUCGAUGACAGUGAGGAUGAGAAUAAGAACAAGGAAAAGAACAUAUUGUUUGUGGGCGGCCUGGAAUAUAAGUUCAAUUUCAUCAGAGCAUUGCUUGGCUCGGAGAAUCCUUUGGAUCUUGUACGUAGGGGACCUGGAGAUCCCUCUGAUAGCUUUGGAAUAUGUUCAGAAGGGGACUUCUACAGCGGCCAGGUUACGCCGAAGAGCCUUGCUUUGCCCUUUGCCAUUCCCCAACCCUUCAAGAUGACUUCGAUUUAGAAGAAUGUCGGAAGAAGAUGCUGGCUGAUUGUGAGCCAGAACAUUCUAGAGAGUCUGUGUGCAUUACCAGAGCACGGGUCCAAUCAGUGGAGUCCUGGCAGUUGAUGACUUUCUCAUCUCAGAUAAUGGCCGAACCUGAAUGUACCGAGGUCCAAGCGUCACCCGCUAUUCAUGUAUGUAUUAUUCAUUGUUUCAUGGCUAGAUUGUAAUGAAAUCGCUCACAUCGUCCAUUGGCGAAUCUGUCAGACCGUAUACAUAACGGUGGGUAGUCAUAGCUGGAAGACUCAAGCCAAUAAUAGCUGCUCGAGUUAUGUGCAUACUGUGUAUUCAUCUUCGCUUCGCCAUCUGCACUUGGGAGUCUUGAUCUCUACAGCUUUUGGCUACUCCAGAGUGUCGGGUCAUAUGCCUUAGCAGCCUUGAUGUUUCGGCCUUUGACUUGAGCAGCGGAGGGACGAAACCGUCUGAGAAGAAUCGUUGGCGCCUCGGCUCAAACUGAGCGUUUAUUAAGUUUCUUUCUUUCACCGAAAUGUCAGCACGGGAUAAAUCCUGUGGCUGGGCAGGCUGCACUGUAAGCGAGUGUGAUGCUGCAUGUGCGGGGGCAGUGUAAACACCACACCACACCACAGAACAAUCUUACACACUGGAGGCUGCCACGCCACCGGAAUACCUAGCCAAAAAUCGACCAGACAGUUUUCUCCGGUUCUCAUUAUCACGGCAACGAAAGGAUGGAAAGUUCUGAAUAUAACGCUAAUCAAAUGAAAGAGCGUGAGGCGGAACAAUUGCCGUUUGGCAACACUUCUCACAGAGCUGCGAGGAUGGUGUGAUUGCACACAGAAUGGCUAUUUAGUCCUGGUUCCUCGAGGCUCACCGCACUGGGACCUGUUGACAGGAUCUUUCUUUAUGUAACUUU